AUGCCCAGUAAUGAGUAUUGUUUACACUCAGCGUCGGUCUCUUACAACUACAUCACCUUCGCUGGAGACGGCUACGGCACAUACAAUGGACCCAAGUGUCUCAACCCACUACGAACAAUCUCAACAUAUGCUUCGGGAAAGACAUUUUGUACAGAGAAGGAAAUUCAAGUCGGGUUUGAUAAGAUCCGUAAAGAGUGCAACAAUGAGGACCUCGAAUUUCUGGAUUGGCAGGAGCUUGUUGCUAAUGUUACGGAGGGGGAUAUCGCUGGAAUGAGAGUCGUAGAGUUUGACGAGCUACCUACCGGAAUGAACAUCACAGAACCAGUCAGACUUUCUAGAUCGUUCCUGGACCGAGUUGGAAACACUCUAAUGGCUUGGGAAUACGAGAUGAACUGGCAUCAUCAAUCUGGUCUCGCAUUAUAUGGAUUCUGGGGCUUGAUUUUGGGCAUUGCAACACUAUGCAAUGUGCUCAAGACUCCAUCUACCAGCUCAGAGAGCACAUCCCAAUUCACGCAAUCGACGUGGAGGUGGAUUCAAGUUAAUUUGAUCAUACCACCUGCGUUUGGCUCACAUCAUCAGCGUCUACUGUUCUGGUGCACCGUCCCGACACGUAUGGAAACGGUUGUUGUAGCGACGUUCUAUCUCCUUACAACAUAUCUUUCUGUCUCUCAUUACCGCCUCAUAUUUAACAAUAUCUACUGGGACGACAAGUCUCAACAACUCUGGCGAUAUGUCGCCGACCGCACAGGUAUCAUGGCGUAUGCCACACUGCCUUUGAUUUGGAUCUUUGCGGGUAGAAACAAUGUCUUCAUGUGGGCUACCGGUUUAUCUUACCAGGCUUUCAACAUUUAUCACCGUCACAUUGCCCGAGCUGGUACGAUACUCGCCAUCGUCCAUUCUGUGGUCUACACCUAUCUGUUCGUAGAAUUCGGUACCAUGUUUGCUAGAGAGUUUACUCAGCUCUGGCUUUUGCUCGGUGUAAUGGCAACAAUCACCAUGAGUCUUCUUCUGCUGUUUUCUGUUUCUUGGCUUCGCAUCAAGUUUUACGAGAUCUUCUUGGUUCUUCAUAUCGCUCUGUCUGUGGUCACACUAGUAGGCUGCUUUCUGCAUACUUCCAUCUUCAAUGCGAGAUAUGAUGCGUAUCUCUGGCCCAUUGUAGUUGUAUGGAUACUUGACCGCGGACUCCGGCUUCUACGUCUCAUUUGUUGCAAUCUCCAGGUCCGAUUCAGCAAGAAAGUUAUUAGUCGCACAUACACAAUUGCUUCUUAUAGCAAAGGGUCAGACGUCAUAAGACUGGACGUACGAACAGACUCCUUUCUGGCAACACCUGCUGCCGGACAGUUUUACUAUCUUUAUCAACCAACAACAUGGCAAGGCUAUGAAAAUCAUCCCUUCACACUUGGAGCGUGGUCAUCUAGCUCUAUCGGAUCAGACGAAGCUGGUAGUUCUCUUCUCCGAAGCACCGGCACGCAUGACGAGUUUGACGAAGAGAAUGGAGUCUUUAGUGCUUCCAAGCGUCAAUCACACGGGCAAACCCUGACCUUCUGGAUCCGCCCCUACGAUGGCUGGACGAAGCGGCUUCGAGACUCAUGUCUAGCCUCACCCACACACACCACUUCCCCCACAAUCCUCCUCGAAGGCCCAUACGGCCAUCACUGUCCUAUCGCAACCUUCGAUUCAGUCUUGCUGAUUGCAGGUGGCACUGGAAUAGCAUCAGCCGUACCCUACAUCCUAGAGCACAUCGCACUUUCGAGAUCAGGAAAGACAGCUACGACACAAAUGCAUCUCCUCUGGACAGCCCGCCAAGCUUCCUUCAUCCAUCAAGUUUUCGCCCGCGAACUACGAGAUGUUUCCCACCGCGAUGACUUCUCCACAGAUUUGUUCUUUACUCGUCAGGACGACAGCCACAAAGACGAUGAAGAAGAUGACGGUACGCAAACCACAAUACCAGAAAUUCAACAAGGACGUCCAGAUAUCGCGGCUGCAAUUUUAAAAGCAGCGAUGAAGGCGGAGAUGAUGGGACAAAGAGUUGCGGUACUGGUUUGUGGACCUCCAGCUAUGGCCGAUGAAGCCAGAAUCGCUGUACAUGGCGUGAUGAAGAGAGGAUGUUUUGGAAUAGAGUAUUUCGAGGAGAGUUUCGGGUGGUAG